CGCACGACGCUAUUCAGUUGUAAGAAAGAUCCGGGACGAUCUGCACCGUAUUCCUCGCUGACUCAUUUCCACCGCCUGAGACACACCUCUAAAACUUCCACACGCACUGGAACAAACUUAUCUUUAUCGCAACAAAGGACGUAUUAGCAGAGGCGUACACAUAAAAAGUUCUGUGUCAAUCUGGAAAACUUGUUCGAGCAGGGAAGUUGCGUACGUGUGCUUGUGAUUCAGUGACUACCGUAUCUUUUGCGGGUCUUCGGACUCAACUACAAUAAUGCGGCGCGGUGAAAUGAGGGUGGAGAAUCGCCGCACCAAGGCGGAGGCUGAAGAUGGGCACUGGUGCGAUGUUCUGUACCAGAUGGGUAUGCCUCUGCUGUACAUCGGCGCCUUCGCUGCUGGCAUCAUUGGCAUCACCUCAAUGGGCAUCAUCUCACGCUACUGGUCCGACCUCAGUCCACCAAUGUGUUUCCUCUACUCCAAGACUGCCUCCAACCUGAUCGUGUACCGCUUCGGGACUAACGUAGGUACCUGUACCUGGGUGACUUACGGUGGCGUGGCUGCCCUGGUACUGGCUUUCAUAACUGGGAUUGUCUUCUGGAUCAAGGCGAGAGGAGACGAUGAGCCUUCAGUGAGCAUCCACAUGGUGGUGGCUGGGAUUAUCAUCUCCACGUUGCUGAUGCUGGCAGUCUCUUGCACCUUGGCUGAAGGAAUGCGUCUCACCUGCGCUGCCAUGGAUCUCAACUCUGCCAACAACAAAGGCAGCGACUGCUUCGAAAAACUUAAUACUCGGGUGUCCCAGUAUAACCUUCCAGUCUCAUCAUCUACCAUGGUACGGGCUUCUAUGUGUGCCAUGUGGACUUCCACCAUCCUUUUCUUCAUCAUUACGUGCUUUCAUAGCUUGGAUCUGUACAGCCGUUCCAUCAACAACUAGCAUAAUGUCGGCUAGAACCAACCUCCUCUAUGUUGAAGAUACUUAACACCCAAUAAAAAAAUAUAUUUCUGUUUCUCUCUCUCUCUCUCUCUUCUUUUCCCCCACUUUCUCUUAGUAUUUAAGUGAUCUCUCUUCAAAUUAGCAUUAGUGUGUGAAUAUAUUUCAGGUGAUUUAAGAUGUAUUAAAAUGGGUCUUGGAGAUAUACACACAAGUUGGGAAAAAAAGUUUUUGACUUGAUGAAGCUGUAUUUACAGUGAAAAGUUACCCAAACAAAAGUUUGUUUUGCAACUUUUGUGUUUGUCUUCAUAAUUGUUGGUAAAACACCAUUGUUAGGUAAAAAUGAUUAUUUUUUUACUACAUUUGAGCUUGUUUGCUCUGUAUUAAUUGUUGCAGACUGCAGUCUGCUGAUGACAUUGCUGUAUGAAUCACGUGUUCAGAAAAUUUUCUCCCUUCGAAGACGUUGACAAGUUUGCUGUUUUUCUUGUUAGUAAACACAUUGUGCUGUAUUUCUGAUUUACAGUUCAUCCUGUAAUCCUGUAAAGAAGAUUUGUUGUAAACAUUAUACUGAAUGGAAUUUCUUCUAACCCACAAGCUAGUCAACUAACUACUGCAACUUUGUAUUAAAAUAACCUUUGGUAAAUCAGUGUAGUCCAUUGUAAAAAAUUAAAUUUUUGGUAAAUCGAGU